AUGCCUGUCUUCCACGCUGUCAUGAGCGUGGAGGAGUCGGAGGGGGUCGAGCGAAUUGUGCCGGUCAAGAACCGCGCGUGGGGCUUGCGUUUUGAAUGUGCAUCGUGCAACGAGAAGUCGGCUGGGAUGAUGUACGUCAACCAGACGGAGCAGCACGAGCGCGACGGCGGCAUGCAUAACUUCGUAUCCAAGUGCAAGCUCUGCAAGGCGGACAUCACAGCCGACGUGCUCUCUGUCCCGGCAGGCACCGGUUACUACAGCGCGGUGGAGGAAAACCCGGCCAACGUGAUUGCGGCCUUCGAGGUGCGCGGUGGCCGACCAGUGGAGCUGGAGAUCGACAACCAGUGGAUGAUUGUCACGGCCGGCGGUGGCUUGUUCGAGGAUGUCGACCUGUCGCAGGAGUGGUACGACUAUGAUGAGCGCUCGCGGGCGACUGUCAGCGUGGCAGGCGUGUCGGUAGACUUUGAGAAGUCGAAGAAGAAGUGA